AUGUGGAUACCAACCAACUGUACGUUGAACGACCACUCUCACACAGAUUUCGGCUCAGUCACCAUCAUGGACCUCUUCGACCCUACUGAAGCAUCACUCAGCCGUUCUCGAAAGGCAGAUUUGACCUGGUCUGAAUCGACAAGGGCGGAUCUGCUCUCCAGUCGUACGAACGGGCAGUCCUUAGCCCCUGCUGCGUCGUCAAAAGAGCUCGCCUGCGAAAGCACCGCCAGGUCCGGUCCUUUGUCGAAUUACCUAACGGUCAGGUUUGCCGCGAAAGAAGCUGGAAUACCCGAUGUGGCCCUUCACUAUCCGUCUGUUGACUUUUCAUUCACGCAGUCUCCGCAACAGCUUGUUACCUUCGGCCGCGGACUCACUGCGCAAGUAUCUCAGUAUAUCACCAACAAACUGGAUGGCACAUCUUGGGUAGUGCCUGAAGGUACACAUCUGGCACUGAAAACAUUCGCUUCACGGCAAUUUGAGCGAAGCUUCUCAGCCAAACUGGCUCGCGGACGUGUCUACGAUGCCAUAGUCAGAGAAAUAAAGAUCCUGGGACAUUCAAAGCUUCGGGGCCACCCAAAUAUUGUUCAGUUCCUAUUUCUUGGCUGGCAGCGCGACCACCCAUUCCCUGCACUUGCUAUGGAGCAAGGAUCCAGUGGUUCACUAGAGUAUUUGAUAAAAGCGAUGGGACCCGAAAUAAGCAGCACUCAGAAAUUGCACAUAACCAUAGAUAUCGCAGUUGGCCUCCGGGUCAUCCACCAGGCUGGUUUCACGCAUGGGGAUCUCAAGCCUGACAACGUGGUUCUUGCACAAUAUCACGGCCAAGAUCGACAGAUCAUUGCAAAACUCAUCGAUUUCGGUGGAACUCCCGAAGUCGUGAAUCGUGAUACUGAGAUUGAUUACGAGCUUGCGGACGUCUACUCGUAUGGCCUUGUGGCUGGAAGCUUGUGGGCAUCAUUACCGGGAGGUUUCCGUGAUCGAGACGGCAACCGAGCUGGUUCAUGCUUUCUGAUGUCUGAGAGAUCCACCGAGCUCAGUGAACAAGAGCUUCAGGACCUUCUUUGGUGUCUCAAAAGUCAACAUGAUGAGAAUGUCAGCCCCAAUGUUGUUUCUGUUUUGAGAGAGAGGCUAUCUUUGGCUGUGACCGACAGCGAGAUGUGCACAGAUAUUCUGAAAGUGUUGUCACCAUCACUCAAAGCUCAUUUCUGGCUGAGACCAGAUACAAAAGGGCUGUUAUCCAGUCUUGGGACUCUUGCUGCAGCUUGCGGUCGCAACAUCGAAGCUGAAGUCGAGUACGAGGAGAGUUACCAAGCUAAGGUUACCAACUUCACAGAUCAGCAGGACCUCUGUGAUAAAGAUUUGCCAUACAGACUAGCAAGACAGGACCAGAUGUAUGAUGUAUUUCAGAACCAAACUGCCAUGGCUCUGGAAUAUCUGACUCCGCCAACUAUGGAGUCGACGUCACAGCUUGACCUGCCGGCGGAAUUACCACCUGUCAUGUCCGCUAAGGAUUACCAUACCAUGCUUGUCGCACACACGACACGAUUCUUUGCACGAGGAGAAUUAAACCCACGCGAGCCUAGUUCUGAAAGGAAAAUUCGUCAAGAUGAAAGCCAAGUCCGUGCGGGAUUAUCUCGUCUCCAAUUCAUGGCGCUUGCCUUGAAAGACUCGAAAAAGCCCUUAGAAGAAAGGCUUCAGCAAUUGGUAUCUAGUGCGAAGAGUGGGGACGGGCUUCUGACCGAAGAAGUCACGCCUGUCGAUCUCGACGAAGCCAUGCCUGAGUUGCUGCACAGCUUCUGGCAACUACCAGAUGACGAGGCUGCCUGGCUCGCUCGUGACGCCUACCGCAGAGGCGCCAAGCUUGACUUCUUUGGUGAGCUUCCAUCCACAGUCGAUAACAUCUUUCGCGGGGAUGUGCUGCCUUCAUUACCGUCUCUAGUUUCCCCACUGAGUGCUGCUAUCAAGUGCGGCAGACCAACUUUUGCGAAUGCAAUCAUAUGUCUUCACAUCGAAACCAACGAGAUGAUACCCGAUUUUGGCGUCGCGCUUAGACUUAGCUGUCUAUAUCUAUAUCAUGAGGUCACCGAACUCCUCCUUCAGGUGCAUCGAGACAACCCACCUAUGUGUCGUGAUGGCCAGAGAAUCUGGGAGUUAUCUACGGCUGAUCUUUCAGAAUCUCUCUACUACCUGGAAACAGUGCCUGAGUGUCCACUGCUGGAAUAUGAGAAACGUUGUUUGCAUGGUGGAGGGUAUGAGCGUGCUUACGAAGAGACACUCCACCUCCUCCUUCGAGAAGGAGCCAAUCCUGCCAUCCCCAUAGGGUCCAGCAGCUCAUUAAGCCUAUGGUUGCGAACUGACAACUUAUGCAGCCUCAAAUUGUUCCUCCAAUAUUUCAAGGGUGAUCAGGAGGAGCUGAGGAUGCAUCUUAUGGAUCCUGCAGGGCUUGGCCCCAGUGGAGCGCCAGGCAAGGGGUUUCCAACAGCAUCUCUCACCUGCAUUUUCUACAAAUCGCUUCGUUGCUUCAGGUUUCUCGUAAGCAAUUUUAAGGAAUUCAUCAAAGAGCAACUUGGGGCAUUCGAGAACGAGAUGCAUGGAACUGCUCUUCACUAUGUGGCGAGUCAGUUGCGCGAGCCAGGUUUGGUGAGUCUGCUCGUCGAAGCAGGCGUAGACCUCCUGGCAAAAGAUGGCGUCGGCAAGACCGCCUUGAACUCCGCAUUACUGACAGGAAAUAUCUCUGUCGCGGAUGAGAUUGCGUCUCUGCUUUCUCCAGCGCAACUGAAUAGCAUACUUCACGACAAGUCAGAUCUUGGUUUCAAAAGUCAGAGUCCAUUUUUGGUAAACAUGGUGCUAUGGACAUACGCCAGACGUGGACUAGAGCACCUUGAGAGCUUUAGGUGGCUUGUCAAGCACCGCGGAGUGUCAUUCUAUUUCAGUCACUCAGAGAAACACUUGCCAUCACUCCUGUGUCAUCCCAGGCCGGGGACUAGAUUGGAGCAGCUGCUGGAUGUGGAAUUACUGACCAUACUGCUCGAGGAUAAAGACUUCAAAGACGAAUUUUUUCUCAAUCAGCAUGCCGUCAUGCAAGCAGUUUGCUGCUAUGGUCAUGUUGAGAUCGCCAAGCUCUUGUUGAGGCGUGGUUUCAAUCUACAGGAUGUUGAUGGAGUACUCGACAACGCAUACUUCAUGCUCGCUGGGAGGGAGAUCCCUUCAAGCAUCAGAAACGGCAGCCAUCUUGACGUAAGAAGGUGGUAUGAAGACCUUGCGGAGCUGGUCGAGGUUCUCACCAGUCAUGGAGCACUGAGUCCCAACUGGGAUGGGCUGAAAGCGGAACUAGAACUCGACACCGCACGACUGGCUAAGUACUCCAAUUACGCUAAGAUUGCACCACAAACCAUGAAGGAUGGCAAAGCUCUCGUCGGGAGUUGGCCGCAACGGAUAGCUACCAGCAUCGCGCUUCCAGCUGAGCAGCACGAAGAGGAGGCGGAGAUGUACGAGGCCUACUAUAACGUGAUGCGAUCUUUGAACGAGGGUCUGAUAACGAGCCAGGCGAUCGAAUCCAGAAAUGGAUCUUUAGUCUUCCCACAGCAGUGCAUCCGAGAUCGUGCACACCAGAUGAGACUGCGUUGGCGACUACCCCCGGAUUGGGAGCUUGAGUCUCUUCCAAAAUCAAUGAAGAGGGAAGAAACAACUAAUCAGAAAGAGGUGAUAUACAUAAAUCACCUCACUGGGGAACGAUCCAAAACAAAGCCAAAAGUCUUUCGACCGGCCAAUCAAAACAAUCUCCAACCAUGGCACCAAGCGGGAGACCACGAAGGCAUUCGAUUCGACCUAUCAGCGAACCCCUGGCCUCUUGGGCUAGACUCCGAAAUGCUUCGUGCCCUUGUCGACAGCUCCUCACACUCAAGUGAAGCACCGUUCGGGCCCUCUUCAGCAUUGUCCUCGAGUGAAAAUGAUAUCGUGGCUGAGGAGCGAGCUUUCCUGGCUCGCCUGGAAAGCGUUAAAGACAUAAAUAGCGCCCUGGAGGGAAUGAAGCAGGCUGACAGAGAUCAGUAUCGGAGUCCUCUGCACAUGGCUGCUUUGGGGGGAAACGUGACCAUGAUUCUAGACCUCCUAGAGACCGCCCAGGUGGACGUUGAUAGGAGGGAUUUCCAAGAUGCCACUGCAUUGCAUUGUGCGAUCAGUAGCGGCCAAUCUGAUGCUGCGGCAGUCCUCCUCACGUUUGGUGCUGAUGCGAACGCCAACAUGCCGGGUGGGGCCUUUCCACUAGAGGAAGCAAUCAAUCAGGAGUCUUUGGAUCUGGUUCAGCUAUUACUUGAGGAUGGGUCUGAUCCGAAUGCUCAGGUGCAUGCUCGGGGCAGGGUAGGAAUGCCACCAAUAUGGUGCUGCCUCGAUCAAGGCGACAACCCAGAUCUUCUUGAUCUCUUGAUCAGGAGCGGUGGAGACAUUUACACUCGCUUCUAUGGGGACUCAUGCUUGAAAUUUGCCGUUACCAAAGAUCGAGAGAAGAGCAUUGGGGUACUUCUUUCGGCAGGGGCUCUAGAUGACGAUAAUCUGCUGUGUGAAGCAGCAAAGCGCGGAAAGACAGCUAUAGUUCACAUGCUACUCGACCACGGGUUCGACAUCCAUGAGCAUAGACCACUUGGCCUUGGGCCACCUAUUGUUCACGCGCUUGCAACCAGUCGGUUCGACACGUGUUUGGCUCUCCUCCAGAGGGGGGCGAAUCCGAACGAUGUUCGAGAAUUUCGGUAUUUCCGGGUCUACGAGAACGGCACGUGGAUAGCUAAUUCCUGGUUGACUAAAAAUGCUGCCGACAUUGAUCAGUAUUUGUUGCGGCGGAGAAACAGAGGUGAGGACUGGCGAGAAUGGUUUCCAUUGCUAACGUAA